CAGGAGAGUGCAGAAGAAGAGUUAAGAGAAGCUCUGGAUUUGAAGUCUCAUGUGAUGACGGCACCUCACUACCACCUACUGUUUUAUCUUAUUGCCAUGUGGUGCAGCACUCUCUCUACAUGCAUAAACUCCAUUUCAAUUCCAUUAACCCAGUGGUGGCCUUUAUUAUAACUAAUCUCACGUUACUCCCUUCCUCCAAUGCAAUCGAUUCAUUUAUGUCUCGACACCAUCAGCUGGCACACCAUUAACUUCCUCCCCCCCCCCCAUUAAAGACACCAUUUGCUCCUUUGCCUUCCACCACCUCCAGACAUCAGAAGUCUGAACCCUUGAGUGCUUGCUCCAGCACAAGUGGUGAGUCUUAUCUCAUAUUUGUCACUCUGUAGGCCUUGACAAAACAUGGAGUGGGCAUUUCGUCGAUUAGCAGUCCUCUCACCACCACCGCCACCACCACUUCUUCCUCCUGCUGUUGAUUUCGAGAAUCGGUUCAGUCCUAGUAUCUUUCUGAUAGUGGUGCUACUAGCAGUCAUCUUCUUCGUCUCUGGGCUGCUCCACCUCCUUGCGAGGCACCUCCUGAGACCUAUCAACAGGGAGCCCGAAGACAUGAACAAUGUUACAGCGCUCCAAGGCCAGCUGCAGCAACUGUUCCGUCUCCAUGAUGCCGGGGUGGACCAGUCCUUCAUAGACACCCUCCCAGUCUUCCUCUAUAAAGCCAUCAUAGGCGUCAAGGACCCGUUCGAUUGUGCUGUGUGCCUCUCUGAGUUCGAGGCUGAUGACAAGCUCCGGCUGCUCCCAAAGUGCAGCCAUGCCUUCCAUCUGGACUGUAUAGAUACUUGGCUCCUAUCCCACUCCACCUGUCCUCUUUGCAGAAGAAGCUUGUUCGGUAACAUCUCUCCGACCACCAGUUGUAGUCCCAUAGUCCUUGUUCUCGGGUCUGGAAGUGAGAGCCCACGAGAAUCUGGUUCUGGGAGGGGAGUCUCUGUCCCUAAUUCUAAUCUUGGUCCUGUUGGUGAUGAUGACUAUGGUCCUUCCAUGAGCGACACUUUGCAUAAGCCGGUGGAAGUCGCAACAGAGGAAGAAGGUGGCAAGGCAGUGGCGGUUUCGGAGGCUUCCAGAACAGAGGUGGCACCUGUUAAGCUCGGCAAGUUUAGGAGUGUGGAUGUUGAUGCAACUGUCGGUGAAGGUGACAGUGCUGCCAAUAGCGAUCUGGACCAGAGGAGGUGCUUCUCCAUGGGGUCCUACGAGUAUGUAGUGGAUGAUAACAGCUUGCUUAAGGUUCCCAUCGAUCCACCAAAGAAGCCAAGCAUCAAGAAGCCCGAAUGCGAUUGCCAUUCAAGACGGGAAGGGUCUAAAGGAUUGCUUGCACCGAGAGCUACGGAGUUCAGAGAUGAUGGUGGUAAUUCUGGCAUGAGCAGUAAUCUACAUGUGAAACAAUGCUUCUCGGUUUCCAAGAUAUGGCUUCGGUCCAAGGAGAAGUCCAUGGCUGAUGAUGACUCUUCCAGACGAGCCUUCUCUUUCCGAUUGCCAUUGCGUCAGGCGACGACCGAUGAAUCGAAGCUGAAGAGCUAUGCCAGCCCUGCUACGACUACCUCAGAAUUCAAUGUUUCGGCAUGGGAGAAGAAGAGUUCAAGUGAAGUAGAUUUGGAUGAGGAGAUAGGCAGCUCUAAACAUGGUAGUGUAGUUUCUGGGGCUGAGGAGUCACCUUCAUUUGCCAGAAGAACACUGCUUUGGUUAGCAGGAAGACAGAACAAGGUGGGUAAUCACAUCUGAUAUCGACAAUGUAGCAGCUGCUAGUUCACAUCAGUAAAAAAAGGUAAACAUCAUUCAGAUAUAGUCCUCCAAAGUCUCCAUUUGCAUAUUCUUUAGGAUCUUGAUGGAAUUUCAUGGAUAUGUUUCUUACCAAAGGCUAAAACUGAUGUGCAUGAAAGAGGUGGAAAAAGUGCUUCUGUUUGAGUGUAAACAUAUCAAUAUUCAAUGCAUUUGAUUGGUAUUA